AUGGCAGAGCAGAGCAACCGCGAUGUGGUAGAUCAGACCCUGUCGGGCGGCGAGCCUUCGCCUUCCGACGUUCCUGCGAGCACCAACGACAAUCUAUCUGCUGGAGGGGACGCAGGGAAGACCGAACAUAUCGCAAUGACUACCGCUACAUCGAAAAACUCAAACUUGAAUGAUCAGAAAAACCAUGAGACAACGAACACUCUUGAUUUACAGGGAGAAAAAGCCGCCGGCGACAAGGACGCUGGAGGCUCGACGACGGAUACUUCUAAACAAGGCGCCGGAGUUGUUGCGACUCGAGUUCUUGAACUUAAUGGACUGGCCUCGGCAUCGGACGGCGGAGAGGAUACAGCAUCACAAGGUGGCUCGGAGUCGGAUGCGAGCCGGCCAGAUAGCAGGAACCAGACUCACAGUGGCUCAGUCAAAAAGCCAGCAGGAUUCAAGCCAGUUUCAUUUGCCAAGUUUUCGGUAAACAAGGUCCCGGGGGCUCCAACACCACCUAAGGUGCCUGAGAAAGCGCCAACCUCUACCACAACACUUGGUACCCCACAGCCAAGCUCCCGACCGCGCUUGGUUGCGAAGACUACACUCGGCAUGCGUGAUUCAUUUUCGAAGACUGGAGCAGGCGGAGGCAAGCCUGGUGGAUCAGGGCCUGAUCCAAAUCAAGUGUGGAAUAAGAACCGACCUGUUGUGCCCGCUCCUCCGAAACACUUGACCGAUGAAGAACUGAAACAACAGUACGGAAUUCAUAUGACUUCUCGUAUUCAAGAAGAUGGGGCUGUUAGCUCUGAAGCAAAGUGGGCGGAUAUUGAUGACGAUGAAGAUGAUUGGGCCCCUGAGACAAUUGAGUGGACAGAUGGAACUAAGGUCAAUCUCACUCAACCUCACACUGAACCCCCGCUGGCUCCCACCCAUCGGGAACCCAAAGAGCUACCACCCGUAGAGCCAAGCAUCGUGAAGGAGCCUGUCAAGGUUGCGCCGAAGCCAGCUGUAUCAAUGGGGUCCCGUGCUAUGGUACUCAAAGUUGGAGCGAACGCUGAAAGGCAAGCGAGAACUGCGAGUGCUUCUUCUAACGGCACAAAUGACAAAGUUCCAUCUAGCUCCACAAGCCCAGCACCGCCAUCCAAGUCUCCUUGGGCCGCUCUGCCUCCUGUCGAAAGAGUGUCACCAGUCAAUGCCCCGGUUCAGCCUCACCAACACCGCAUGCCCAUGAGAUACCCCCAGAGAGAUGAUGGCCAUCAUGCCCCAAUGGCAAUGCCACCCAAGGAGAUUGCAGCGGAUGAUUUCAACCGUGCAUGGAAAGAUCAGUCAGAUUUGCCUCAGCUUUUCAAUCCUCGAUCUUCCCAGUACGAGCCGGUGGGCGAAACCAGGAGAGGAUCUUGGCGUCAUGACCAACACCCCCGUGCUCCUGCGGUUUUGCAGAGGCCAAACGAUCACCCAAGUGGACCGGCAGAGCCAUCUGCUGCAUUCCAGACACACAGGUCUAGCCAUCAGGACGGUAUGGGCUGGGGUGGUCGUCGUCGCACAUCAUCAAACGUGAGCGGAGGAAGUGGAGGAUUUGGCCGUAGGAUGUCAGUUGGCCGAUUUGAUGCCCCUCCGAGAUACAAUGAUGCUCGAAGAGGUUCCCAAGUGAACGGGCCGGGUGAUUCAGCAAUAGUGGGUCACGAGCAGCACCAUGGCAAAGACGAAAUUGCUCCGUCUGGUCCAAAUGGUACAGCACGUCCAGCUGUUGAUGUAGGUAUGUCUACUGUGGAAACACAGACAGCGGUUCCUCAAGUUCCGCAAGAACCUCAGGAGGACCCUGUUGCUCUGCAAGAGCGUAUUAUGAAGGAGAAACGUCUAGAGGCGAGGCAACGAAGAAUUGAGCAGGAGGAGAAAGAGGAAGCGGCUAAAAAGGAGAGGAUUAGGCAACGUCUCGCGGCCAUGGGUCCUGCGCCAGAGAAGAAAGCUCCCGAAUCGCGCAACCCCCCUCUCUUCAACCUCAACCCCAACCUCACUCUCAUCCUCACCCUCUUCAUCCUCCCCAAACCCCUUCUCAACUUCCUAUUCAACCCAUCCACUCUAUUUCUUCCCCGCCCAAGCCUCCUGUCCCAGAACCCAAUCGGGAACCAAAACAGUAUGAGCAAGGCAACUGAUCCAAAGCUCGACGAGCACGGUACUCAGUGGCAAGGCAAUUUGACUUCUACUUCACCGUGGUCUCAUCCCAAUAUUGCUGUGCCCACUACAUCCGCCAAAAAUCUAUGGAAACCAUUUGGAAGUGACCGCACUCCAACCCUCGGUAACGGCAUCUUUGACCAACCUCUGGGUACUUUUGCAUCACGUGAAAACCCUCUAGGCCAACUCGGCUUGGAAUCGUCAAAUAUGCCUACUCCUCCCAAGUUCUCUGCUCCUAAGGAGCCAACUGAUUCUUUGCCGUCACCUGAGGCACGUCACCCCUCAUUUGAAUCCCUCAACCCAAUCGGACGCCCCAGCCCAAUCGGACCGCCGAGCACACGGAAUGCUCGUGCCAUUAACGAGUGGAAUAACUUCCACGAGAAUGCCUUGGAGAAGGAAUCUCAGAACGCUAAGGAAUUCCUGAAGCGACUUAAUGACAGACAGAAGGGAGCCCCAGGCCCGCCACCUGCGCCUGUGGUUUUCACUGAAACCUGGAAAAAGACUCGUGCCACCGAGGACGGCCGACGAGUCGUCACCCGGGUCACCGAAAGGGUCAUCAACAACGACGAAGACAUCGCCAAGGCCAAGGCGGCCGCGAACCAGCAACCUAACCCUCUUACGAGUCUCGAUACUCCUAUGGAUGGCCUCAACGUGUCUGACAUCGGUGUUCGUCCAGCUGGCAAUGUUUCUACUCGGAGCUCUCGAUUCUUCCCCUCGGCAUCUGAACAGUCGAAGCGCCAGGUCGCCGAGAAGGAGCGCAGCAGUCCUUCGCCUCCUCCUCCCGAGGAAGUUAGCCACCCUGCCUAUUACGGAGACGCGAAGAACCCCCACGUUAAUCUUCCGGCCCCUAAGCCUCCCAAGCCCGUUGUGAAGCUCCCUCCUAAGGCCAUUGGUGCCCCGGCGCCCCCGCCAACAUUUGCUUCUAUGGCAGCUGCGCCACCGCGUAACGCGGUGCCUCCUUCUUCCACUGCGCUGUCGUGGCAGGACAAGAUUAACGGUCUCUUCGGAAAGACCACUCCUACGCAGAAGAAGAGUGCCUUGGCUGUGGCAUCAGCCACCAAGGAGCCUCUUCCUGUCCUUGCUGCCGCCGUCUCCGUCUCUAUUCCCCAGACCAAGAUUGGUUCCCAGACUGGCGAUGGCGAUUUCGCCGUUCGACAAGUCAAUGAACAAGAUGAGAUGUUUGAAGACCGCGAACCCGGCUCUUUGCCUGCCGUCCGUGUGCCAAAUAUGGCGCCCCAAAAUUCUUGGAGUGCAACUCGUCCAUCAGAGCGAUCCCGUGGCAAGAACUUCAAGCCGGUGCAAGCGCAGAGCAUUCAGCCGUUCCUGGUUGGACACAAUGAUCGCGAUAAUCAUGGCAAUACUCGUGCUUCGAUUUUGCUUCCAGGUGGCUCCGAACCCAAAACUGUUCUCAUUCAACGCAAGGCUGGUCCGACUCGAGGCCGCAAUACCAAUACCAAUGUCAGACCUCGCAAGGGAAUCAACAACAAGUCUGGCGAAGUUUCUGGGGGAGGCAAUAAGAAGCCUACCUCUAACACCGUCCCACGACAGCCACCCCGUCAGCGGUCGGGCUGGAGCCCAGAACCCCCUACUUCUCGUUAA